UCGGUGUAGCUCUGAUGGUACCCUCAGACGUGGACGUUGAUGUAGGAGCAUCCUCUUCCGCAAGGGAGCUCGAAGAGCAAUCCACCCCUUCAUCGGCAUCUUCCAGCGAAGGCACUCUCCUGCGGAAUCAACGGCUGCCAGAUGGCGUCGAGGCUCAGAUCAAGGCAAAACUUGUCCUCCCUCUCCCCCGGAUUCAUGACCUUCCAGCUUCAUCUGCCCGCUCUUCAGUCAGUCCCUACACUCGCCUUCAACAAGAUGCUCGACUCGAUCACUUCCAACCCUCCUUCAUCGGGCGGCAAGUCCUCUGGCAGCAACAGCCCCCUCUCUCUUUACACUCAGAUUUCCACUCUGCAGCAGUUCGAGUCAGACCGGCAACUCUCCAUCAAGCAAGCUUUGGAGCGUGGCGAAGAUCCAGAGCUCGCAAGUGCUCUGGGCCCCGAGAGCGACCUCGUCGUUCUCGGCGAGCCAGAGGGACCACGUAAAGAGUGGGGUCGCGGCGUGACGAGCUACCUUGCAAAAGUGGGCCGGCCCUUUUCACCGCCCGGUGCGCCCAUGAAGGGUGAAGAGGCGGCACGCACUAAAGGACUGGACGAUCUCAUGAGCUACCACGUCUCCACUGCCGAGGGCGAGCUGGACGGCGAAGGCGACUUUGUAGAGAUGCACGAGGGAGCUCAGGGAGCCUCCAUGGCCGAUGUACUUGCAGAGCAUCUCGGCGAGUCUUCCUCCCCUCCGCACUCCCACUCCCGCUCCAAUCUCAGGACCUCGACUUCAGCCUCGACCACGACUUCGACGUCGGGCAGCGGAGACCCCGAGGACCUCAACCUCUGGCUGGGACACGCAAUUGUUCAGGAACGGCUCAAGGCACAGCUCCCCUGGGAUCGCCUUUUAGCUCAGAUGGACCGCGCUAGUGUACUCCCACAACAGCAAGGAGAGCAAGCAGGAGAGAUCGAUGUGAGCGCCCUGCGCAUCACGCUUCCUACUACCGCCCCGCAAAAGACACAAGGUCGGAAUGUACGUCGAUCACCCAAGAUCUUCACCCGCACACCCACCUCUUCCGUCGUCGAGGCAGCCACCUCCGUCGGCAGCGAGGUGAAUGCCACUCCAGUGACGACUAGGAUGGAGGUGGAGGGUGCAAGUGAGGUAGUGGUGGAAAUGGAUUCGGUUCGUCGCAAGAGGAAAAAGAAGAUGAACAAGAUGAAGUACAAGAAGUUGAGAAAGAGGCAGAGGAGUGAGAGACAGAGGUUGAAGAAGGAGGUAGACGAGUGGAUCUGGGUUCCGGGUCCGGGUCCAGGUCGGAACUUGGGAGUUGGGAGUUGGGACGAUCAGGGCCCAAAGGGUGGAGUGGAGAGGGGGUGAGGUGGUCGCCACCAAGCUCGAUGGAUAAUAACAACACCACACCACAACACAAUACACUCCAAUGCAACACAGUGCAACCCAAUUGCAAAGGAUUUUGCUCUUGCUCCUGACGAUGCAUGGUGGAUACACCAAUCCCAACCCUUCCUAGCCCUUCCUUCUCCCUUCCCUUCCCUUGCCUUGCCUGGUCCGGCCUGGCCUUCUUUGUCUCCCUUCGCUUUUCGCAUUCCCUGGCUUGUUUUCCCCCUUCCGCC